GCGCCCGGUCUAAGCGAGCGCGCCCCUGCUUCUAAGCGGUCGGGACUCUCGUGCUUUCCGCUAGGCCUCCAGCCCUUUUCUACUCCGCGUCUCGCUCGCUCUCCACUCCCCAGUUCCCGGGCCUGCCAGCGUCCCUGGCCACCUGCCAGCCCCGAACCCCAGUCCUGCGUCCCCAGACUGCCCGCUCCAACACCAACGCAAGCUCCGCAGGCCGCGCGCCGCCAUGGGGGUGGAGGGCUGCACCAAAUGCAUCAAAUACCUGCUCUUCGUUUUCAAUUUCGUCUUCUGGCUGGCUGGAGGCGUGAUCCUCGGUGUGGCUCUGUGGUUGCGCCACGACCCACAGACCACCAGUCUGCUCUACCUGGAACUGGGAGACAGACCAGCACCCAGCACCUUCUAUGUCGGCAUCUACAUUCUCAUUGCUGUGGGAGCUGUGAUGAUGUUUGUGGGCUUCCUGGGGUGCUAUGGAGCCAUCCAGGAGUCCCAGUGCCUGCUGGGAACGUUCUUCACCUGCCUUGUGAUCCUGUUUGCCUGUGAGGUGGCUGCUGGCAUCUGGGGCUUCGUAAACAAAGACCAGAUCGCCAAGGAUGUGAAGCAGUUCUAUGACCAGGCCCUUCAACAGGCUGUGGUGGAUGAUGAAGCCAAUAACGCCAAGACUGUGGUGAAGACCUUCCAUGAGACGCUCAACUGCUGUGGCUCCAACGCACUGACCGCGCUGACCACCUCUAUAAUAAGGAAUAGCCUGUGUCCCGCAGGCACCAACGCAUUCAGCGCCCUUUGGAAGGAGGACUGCCAUCAGAAAAUUGAUGAGCUCUUUUCUGGGAAGCUGUACCUCAUUGGUAUUGCGGCCAUCGUGGUAGCCGUCAUCAUGAUCUUCGAGAUGAUUCUGAGCAUGGUGCUGUGCUGUGGCAUCCGGAACAGCUCUGUGUACUGAGGUCCUUCACUCUGUACCAUGGGGACCCGACAGUGCCCUGCCCCUGAGUGACCAGAGACCUCCUGGGGGGCCAUGGCCUGUGUAUAUAUUUCUGUAUUACUCUGCUACACUUAGCCUUUGAGGGUUUGUUUUUUUUUUUCCGUUCUGAACUUUUCCUGUUACCUUUUGGGGGCUGACAUCACACAUAGGUGGCGUAUGUGGGGAUAUAGGGGUGGGGCUGGCCCUGGCUUACAGGGCCCUGUUCCAGGACCCCUGGGGAGCUCUGCCUGCUGAGCCAAACCUCCAUAGCUACUUGCACAGAGGCUAUGUAGCUGAGUUAGAGGGCCAUGUCCACCCACUCUGCCCACUGUGGGUCACGUUGCUUACAUCUUUUUAAUCCCUGUCCCUUUCCUGCCCCCAUUUCAAAAGCUGGGUUUGUAAGCACUCUUAUGCCUUCGAUGCACCUAUUCUUUCUAACGUGUCACCUUCAACUGUAAUUACAUCUUGAAACAGUCAUUUAAUAAAGGAGGAGAAAAUCAGGCAUGCUAA